ACAGUGUUGACAUGAUCCCGCUAGUAUCAGUCCCCAUGAAUUUCGGGAUCCAGCUCCUGUCCUCCCCCACCCACAGCACCCUGGAACUCAAAGCAGAGGACGAGGCUACAGUUCUUGCUAGUUCCGUGAUACUAUCCUUCAACAGUCCCGGUAAUAAACCGCAUGACCACAACACUUCACCUCAACCAGUCUUGACAUGGAGGAUUUCAGUGAGGAAGCUGUGAGGUAUUUUGUAGAUGCGCAGCGUAACACAGGGAGCAAACCCCCCACAAAUCUCCCGACACAUUUUGGGGGGAAAAUUAACAGAUGGCCACAAAGUUAAGGGAAAAUGGGUGGUUGGGGACCAGGUGUGUUCAACAUUUCUCUAACAUCACUGAUACUAUCCGGUCACCCUCCUUUACUGAUCUGCUGUUUAUAUUCGAGGAAGCAGCUUUCGCGGUGUCCCAACUUAAAUCUCGGCAGCUUGUUCAGAUCAUGUUUAAAAAGAUUGCAGCUUUGAACUGGAAGCGACAGUUCAUAAAGCAGUAUUUGUACAAUCUGAGUGAUUUGUCAAAACAUCAGCUGGAUCUGAUUAUAGAGCUAGCUGGAAAUGAAGUUGAUCUCAUAGUUCAACCUCUCGUCACACAGUUGACUGAACAUUUAGCUUUCAAAACUGAAGUGAUUGCUCAGACUGACACAAAAGUAAAGGAGACUGGUAAGAAAGUGAAAGAGAAUGAUACUAUAAUGAAGGAUGCGAGUAUACAAACUCAAGUUACGGGAACGCAGCAAAACGACGUGGUGGCCAAACCUAAAGAGGUUAGAAAAGUGUUCAAUGGAGCUGAAUAUAAGGAGGGUAGAAGGUCAUCAACUGUAUCUGAGCCUGUGCCCAAAGCAGCAGUAGCCAAGCCAAAAGAUACUAAGACAACUAGAUCUGCAACUUUGCCAAGACCAGCUAAAACUACUACAAAGGAAGCCAUCACAAAAGCAGUAAAAUCUAAGAAAGCUGCAUCAACACCUUUAAAAGAGGCGCUCGCUCAGUGUAAAAACGCUGCACUUGACCCUUUAGGGACAGCACUGGACACAAAAGAACGCAAGGUUGAUAAACAGCAGCCCAAUAAAGCAGAAAGCAAAGAAGAGGUAGACGGGAUACAACCAAACUGCCGGUACUUCCUACAGAACUGUGAUCUUUCUCUCUGUCAAAAAUACCACUCGGAAUUAUUCGAGCACUUGUUUGACGUUCUCCAGAGCUGUGCGGCAGGAUCACAGACAGAUCUGGCCUGGCUUUUCCAGGUUCUCAGAAAAUCUUCAAAGCAAGCAGUGAGAUCGUACAAUGUAGACGGUGAGGAAGAUAGAUACCCAACUACACCGAUCAGGCACAUGCUAGCAGAUCACAGACCGUCCCUGACCACCGCUAUUAGCAUUGAACAAAGUGAAGAUCUGUGUAAAAACGUCAUAAUAUCUUCACAGAGGGUUAUACCUAACCUUUUUCAAACCCUUAACUUUGACCAGACGUUUGAUGAGCUAGUGGACUGGUUGGGGGGCUCCCAGCAGGUCACUAAUAUGUUGAUGUUUCUUGAAGGGUUGUGGACGUGGAUAGCAGUGAACAAGGACAAGAAAAUCAAAUUCUCUCCUGAGUUAAUGGAAAAGAUCAGGAAAAUAAAACAGGCUCGUCGAUGGCGAGCUGUAUUCGCCAUAUACGCGAACUUUCGCCACAAUUCAAUUUAUUCAGAGCAGUUAUUCGACGGUUUGAAGAGUGCAAGUAACGCUAUCUGUGGAGAAUCAGAACUUGGACUGGAGUUCGCGGUGAUGGUUGAAAAAAGUCACUACGUGAGCCUUCGUUCCCUUUUCCUAGAAAAAGGGAAACUAGCAUUCCAAUACGAAAAUAAGGGGUUAGAGAAAUGCGAUGAACCUGGGAAGUGCGGGUUUGUUUUAGCUGUGAUCACCUCUGAAGACGGUUACGUGAGUCUACAGCUCUGUAAUGACCCUGAGAGUUACUCUGAUACGGUGGUACAUUACCACGACAGGAUCCGCGCUGACAACAUGCACUUUAUUGCGCGCGACAAGUCCCAGACGUGGAGUUUCCCGCUGAGUUGGCUGGGCAGGCCUCGUGUUGUGGAUAAUACAGUGUUCUGGGGGUCGUGUAGGAGGUUGCUGAACUGGGCUGAUGAGCUGCUCUUUGAUGUUUUGUUAGCGUUGUGAUCUAGUUGUUGUAUCUAGUAGUUGUGAUGUAGUAGUUUUUCUUGUUGGUAUUUUAGUUUAUCUUGUUUUUGUUUUUUUUACGGUCUUUGCUGUUAUUCAUUACUUUCUUUGUAUUCGUGAAUUUGCUCUAAUUGCUGUAUUUUUUCUUUUGUUACAUUUAUACGUAUAGAUACUGUAAUAUAAACUGUAAAAUAGCAUUACUCAUUCUUG